AACAGCAGUAGCAGCUAAAGCCGAAAAAGAGGCGGACAGCUGGUCCGCACAAUGAAAAUUAGCACAUCUCAAGUGUAGGUUUUAGCUACAGGAGGACAGUCGUUUGUUCCUUUGUUAUAAACACAAGCCCUCAGUCAACUAAAAGGCUUGUCUUCGGUUUAUUGUGUAGCCGAGAGAGAUUAGAAACCCCCCCAAAGAGCGAGGAUGUUGGUCCCCGCGGGAAGAUAAUGAAGAGGCUGCGCGUUUUGUUGGUGUGCCUCAUUGUAGCUCUCCUGUGCUGGUACCCCAGUCAACAUGUGUAUUGUUCAGAGCAGAGCUUGUCUGGCCCUGGUCAGUCUGCGGGGGACAAAAACCCCGAGGGCCAGAAGCAGGAGCAGGAGCAGGACUCCACGCAACACAAGGUGUUGGAAGAACGGACAACACAUACAUCAUACGAUAUGGGACUAGAGACAGAGAGAGCAGCACGAGAGAAGCUAGCAACACAAAAUAUACACCAAGAACAGACUGUGAAUCCUCGGGAAGCUGAGGUAGAGGAGACCAGGCCUGACCCAGAGUCUGCUACUGUACCUGUUGCUCCUGAGCCAGAGCCCCACCCAGACCCCCAGGCUGAUGUGGACCUGCAGACUGACCCCCAGGACCACGAACAGGAGGUCCCUGUCUCCUCCACUCCAGAACCAGUUCCAGCACAGGGCCAAGUGUCCACAGAUGCCCCAGCCCCAGCAGAGAUCAUCAGUGACGCCCCUGCUGCACACCCCAGCUUGGACUCACACCCAGCCACAUCCCCAGAUGAAGCUGAAAACAUACCUACCUCACAGAGUGUCGGCCAGACCCACACAGGUGCGGUUGCCAGUGCAGGAGAUGAACUCCCAGUAGACAGCUUUGUCUUUGCUGAGCACUCUGAUUCACAGUGCGGGGUCAUUCCCCCCGAACUGGCAACCUGUGAAAACUCCCCUUUUGGCAGGCCUCUCUUCAGUGUGGACGAGGCUGGCAUAGAGGACCAGCGGACAGACCAGAGCCACAGCUCUGGUCCUGAAGCAGAGGUCCAGUCGACUCCAGGCAAUGUGGACCAGGAACAACAACAGCAGCGGCAGGAGCUGGAGGGCGGGCUGUCAGAUUUGGACACGGAGGGCAACAGUUCUCAACACCGCCAAGAACCGCAGACAGGGGAUGGCGGUAUUGCCAGGGAGACCGAUCCAUCAGUGCCCAGCAAAGAAGACAUCCCCACCUUUGACGAGUGGAAGAAACAAGUCAUGGAGGUGGAGAAGGAGAAAAGUCAGUCUCUCCAUACCUCAACCAGCGGCAGCCCCCAUCCAGUGAAGAAGGUCCAGAAAAACUUCAAGAAUAAUUAUGCCUCUGUGGAGUGUGGUGCCAAGAUACUCUCUGCCAACAACGAGGCCAAGAGCACUUCAGCUAUUCUCAUGGAGAAUAUGGAUCUUUACAUGCUAAAUCCUUGCAGCAACAAAAUCUGGUUUGUGAUAGAGCUCUGUGAGCCUAUUCAAGUCAAGCAGCUGGACAUUGCUAACUUUGAGCUCUUCUCAUCAACACCGAAAGACUUUUUAGUUUCUAUCAGUGACAGAUAUCCUACCAACAAGUGGGUAAAGCUUGGCACUUUUCAUGCCCGUGAUGAGCGCAUAGUCCAGAGCUUCCCACUGGAUGAACAGCUUUAUGCUAAAUAUGUAAAGAUGUUCAUCAAGUACAUAAAGGUUGAACUUCUCUCCCACUUUGGAUCAGAACACUUCUGUCCUCUCAGUCUCAUCAGGGUGUUUGGUACCAGCAUGGUGGAGGAGUAUGAGGAGAUAGCAGAUUCCCAGUACCCGUCGGAGCGACUGGAGUAUUUGGAUGAAGACUAUGAUUAUCCACCUGGUUACCAGCCGUCAGAGGACAAGGCGUCUAAAAACCUGCUUGGCUCAGCAACAAAUGCCAUCCUUAACAUGGUAAACAACAUUGCUGCUAAUGUGCUGGGUGGCAAGCCAGAGCUGGAGGGAGGAACAGAAGCAGGAGGUAAUAUAACAGCAGAGGAGGAUGACAAGAAGGGGAGCACAGAAGUUACACCUAAACCUGCUGAAACACCUCAGGACUCUGCAGUACUGGAGCAGGCAGACCCAGAGCACCCUGAAACCCAGAAAGACUCAAAUGUCUCCAGUGACUCUUCCACACCCUCCCCCUCAUCUCUGGAAUCCCAUGAGGACAGACAGAUUGUCACUCUGGUAGAGGAGGAGGAGGAUGAAGAGCCCAGACAGUCUACUGUCACACUGAUGGAGGAGGAGGGAGAGGAGGAGGAGGAGGAGGAGGAGGAGAAGAGAGAGGAGGCAACGAGGAGGGAGGCAGACAGGAACCAGUGGGACAGCCAGGCUUACUGUCCUUUCUCCUCCCUCUCUUCCCUGUCUCUGUCCUGCAUGGCCACCCUGCCAGAGCUGCUUCAUCGCUGGUGCUCCGCCAGGCUGGCCAAGGAAAGACUUCGCAGCCUCAGGCGGAAGCAUUUGAGCACUCAAUCACAAACACACCCCGAUGCAAAAACCCCUUCCCUCACACAAACACCUCCACUGAUCCCUGCCCCUGUGCCCACACCUGUCAAGGAGGCUCCUCCCCUCACAGAAAAAGCUCCAGAGCCCGAGGUGGCUGUUAAGAGCCAGAUUGAGGGGAAAGUCUUGGGUGAACUGCACACCACACAUCCCAACUCUGACACCCCUGACACACACACUCCAGAGCUCAACAUCCUCCUAGAGCCUAGUAGAACCUCCACCAUCCCCCCUCACAGUUUCUCAGACAUCCACAGUUCUCUGACAUUACCCACCCCCACCCAUGAGGAGAAGCUGCUUCCUCCUAUCAAAGAUGCAGCUCUGGACCCUGUCCCCACUCCACCCCUCCAAGCUGUCUUUAUCCCAGAAACGCAACAGGCCAGCAGUGCCACCCCCACCCUUACUGUCAGCAUUCCCCCGCAGUCUGUCGCCUCUGAGGCUCCCUCUCCUGGCGUUGUGGUUCCCCCUGUCAAAGAGCAGCCCGUUCAGCCUCUUCCCACUGCAUCAAGGCCUGACGACCUUAUCCCCCCUCCCACUGAACUGCCAACAGCUCCCCCACUGACGAACACUGACACAGACUCGGUGAAGUCAGGCACAGACAGUGGGGACUCACAGAGACAGAAUGUCCAGACUUCUCAGACUCACGGUGAGCAGGGGGACUCGCUCAAUCAGACUGGAGAUUCCCACCGAGUGGAGGACACGGUGGAUGAGGACCUGUUGAGCACCAAUGGGAAUGGCAACGUCCACAGGGCAGCUACAGACUUUUAUGCAGAGCUGCAGAAUGGAGGAGAUUACAAUGGCGGAGCAAUGAUGGGGAACGGCAUGUUAUCAAACGGGGGAGCGGUGCACGGCUCCAGCCAGAAGGAGAGUGUCUUCAUGAGGCUGAACAACAGGAUCAAAGCCCUGGAGAUGAACAUGAGUCUGUCCAGCAGAUACCUGGAGGAGCUCAGCCAGAGGUAUCGUAAACAGAUGGAAGAGAUGCAGAGAGCGUUCAAUAAGACCAUCAUCAAACUGCAGAACACCUCCCGCAUUGCUGAGGAGCAGGACCAGAAGCAGACAGAAUCCAUCCAGGUGCUGCAGAGCCAGCUGGAGAACGUCACUAAACUGAUGCUCAAUCUCACCGCUACAGUCGGCCAGCUGCAGAGAGAGGUAUCAGACCGUCAGAGCUACCUGGUGGUGUCUCUGGUUCUGUGUCUGUCUCUGGGCCUCCUGCUGUGCCUGCAGUGCUGCCGCAGCUCCACUCCUGCCCCCAACACCAGCACUGCUGUCCUUCCCAAGAGCAACCACUACCCCAGCCCCAAGAGAUGCUUCUCCUCCUAUGACGAUAUGAGCCUAAAGCGCAGGGUGACCUGUCCGCUUGUUCGCUCCAAGUCGUUCCACUUGUCCUCUACAGAAGUAGGUCCAGAUGACUUGUACAUUGUAGAACCUCUAAGGUUUUCUCCAGAGAAAAAGAAAAAGCGUUACAAGACAAAAUCAUUGGACAAGGUUGAGAUCCUGAAGCCAGUCGAUCCCUCUGCUCCGCUCACAAACGGGGGUCCAAACUGCAACGGCUUCCUCCCAUGCCUCCCCGCGCCACCACCACCCCCGCCUCCUCCUCCUCCUCCUUCUCUCCCACCGCCACCCCCUCCCUCUGCAGUGGAGGUGUCAUCACUGCCCACUUGCACCUCCAACAAGGAGUUCCCCUCAGAGACCAGCAGCUGCAGCUCGUCCACGCACUCUGAGGAGUCCUACACGAGCCGCCUCCCCCCUCCCUCUCCCAUCCCCUCUGCUGGCCUGUGCAACGGACACAGCCUGCCUUUCUCCCUCCAGCAGCAUCCCGCCAAGUCCCGCCAGGAGAAGCGCUCGAUGAAGCGGCGGAAGUCGCGGCAGACGGAGCUGCACUUCCCCGCCAUGCGAGGGGGCAGCGUUGGGUCUCUGCCCAGCCUGCAGCAGCUUAUGAAGGGAAACAAGGAGAUCAGUGUCGGGACCAUCGGGGUGACAGCAGUCACCGGACAUGUCUGAAUGCUCACACUUUUACACAACUUUGUAUUCACACACACACACACACACACACACACACACACACACACUAUAUGGUAGCAGACUUGUGAGGAGAUGAGGUCUUAACUGCAUCCCAAAGAACCACGUUUCCCAUGAGCACCCAGGCGCACCGUGGAACUCAUUCAGUCCUCAUUCACUCCUGUCAAAGAGCUGUUUACGGUUACGUGCCUUUAUAUCUGUUCUCGACCUUUUAAUGCUAAAAAUCUAAGAACUGUGGAUGCGGACAGAGAGACACUGUGGUGGGGACUGACACAUUAAUACAAGUCAAAUCCAUUGAAGUGUGUUCAAGAUGUUUUUUUCUACUGGAUAAGCACAUUGUCCCAUGACAGGUGAGCACCAGUAAGCUUUGAUCCCCACUCUGAGCACAGUGAGGAGAGGCGCUGGCCUCAACUCAACGUUCCUUCACGUACAGGGGGCAUCAAGAAGUAUUAGGCUGCUCUAUUGGAUGAAAUGUGUCGCUGUGAGAGAAGUGUGCAGAGCAAGACAAACUACUUCUCUUAUCCUUAUUUCCUUCUGUCUUUCAUUGCCAUCUUUUUCCUCCAUUCUGUCUUUAUUUUGCACCCUAACAUGACUGCAGGUGUUUGUACGGGACCAGAGUGCUCAACUUUCAUUGUACACCAGACUCUCUGCUCCUCUUCCUCUGUCUCUGUCUCCAUCUCUGUCACACUGUCACAAACCAACCACCAGAGCUGAAUGAAGAACAUAAUUUUACCUGUCUGAGUGUGUUAGUCCUUUCAGUUUAACCUCCCGUCAUGAAUACAGUUGCAGCAGUCUGUCGAUCCUACGAGUUCACGAUGAACUGUGCCUACUCAGUUAGUUUGGGCUGGGCCCGGAGAGCGUGCUCACAUACUGUUACAGAGGAUAUCGUGACUGCGAGGAAGGUAAAGGGUUCAAACAGGCUUGAGGCAAGUUAUGUUUUUUUCUAUUAUUAUUUUAUUAUUUCUUUCAUCCAUAACUGAGCCACGUCCCUCUCUUCUCGUUGCUGGUGUGGUGUGUUGAAGUUAUUCUCACAACCAUUGUGGAGGCAUACGCUUCCUGUUCAGGGCACAGUGUACUGUAGGAGCACAUUGGGUUGCGGAGCUGAAUGUUUACUCUUCUGUCACACACACACAGACACACACACACACACACAGACAUCCUACUGGGACCCUGCAGCCGAGUCUGACAGACCAGUUUUAUUAUUUAUCUAUUUAUUUAUUUAAAUGACUACAGAUUUUUUUCGUACAUAACUUUGCUUUCCAGUCUCCCACUCCUGCAGCGUCAAAGUAGUUUAUCCAUGUGAGUAUGUUACGUAGAACAGUGAAAUGCACUUAACCGCGCUGACACGUGGCGAUGGUGAAUGGCUCGACCACAGACAUCUUUUUUCUCCUCCUCCUAAUAUUUUUUCAGUUUGGGCUCUGACUUUACAGCAGCCCCUUAUUCUGUCUGCCUCAGCCUCAAGUAUCAGACAAGUAUAGCAGUCACACGUCCUGCAGCAGCUUAGAUAUCCGACAAGAAAUAAAGUGUUGAUUUAGGAAACUUCAUAGGAUCGUCAUACUGCUGCGUUUGUAUUUGUCCAGAGCUGCUGGGUGGUUGGAAAUCGUGGAAAGGGCUAAACUGAGUGUUCAUUAUUGUCCUGUCUUCUGUGUGCUUGUUUCAGCGUCUUCGUCGGGUUGCUAACCGACAGAUUUUAACUCGCCCUGUUCAUGAUUACAUGUCUGACCUACGUUAACAUUCAGUUUAAUGUUUAAACAGCGUAGGGAGUUGCAGAUGUGAGAGGGCGUUCCUUUUUAGAUAAUAUUAUGUAUGUUUUUCUUUAUUGAAGCAGUUUCUGACAGGCUCUGUGUGGUUGGACUUGUGCACAUUUUGACAGAGAUUUUUCUUCUCACUCUCAAAGACGCAUCAUUACCUCUUCUGACCAGCGCCCUCUUCACUUAUCUUUACCCACCGAGGUCACCUCUGACCCCCAUUGCACGAUUUUCUGUGACUGUGAAGAAAAGUUUUAAUAUGCCUGCUUUUAUUAACCACUCUAACAUGUUCCCAUUAGGAGCUGGAAAUGCUUUGUCAGCCUACACGCCUGCUUCCCUGGUCUAGCUGAUCCCUUUGUGCAUCCUCACUCUCAUUUGUCGUACACUCUCGUCUUUUAUUCACUUGUCAUUGCUCUUUGACUUCAUGUGUUCACCCCACCUUGAAUGAUACUCAUGGUUUUUGAGGAGGAGGAUAUGAAUUGUUGAAUAAAGGGAACGCAGCAAAGAUGGGUAAACUUGGAACACUAUUAAUGUGAUUCUGUAUGUUCCACAAGCCGAGCAAAUCAUGAGUGAUAUUUUUUAACCCUUUUUGAAUGUGUUACGGUCUUAUGUUCGUGUGCGUGUAAACAUGAAUGCAUGAGAGAAUUUAUUUGUUGUUGAUCUCGUGCGUGUGUGUGUCUGUGUUAUGAGAAAGACUACUUUGAAUCUACUUAUCCCAUAACACAGCGACUAGGCAGAAUGCCCUCGGAGAGAAAUUCUAGCUCAGUGUGCACUUUGUUUGACUCCUCGCGCCUUUUUUUUGUUUUUCUACCUUAUAUGUCAAGUGCUACCUUUUCUUUCUCUAUCCCUCUCUUUCUCUCUGUGAUUACUCUGAAGAGCUGCACAGUAUUUUUGAGCAGGAGUGAGUUACUACAAACUUGUAGUGCCAUUAGAAACUGUGAAUUUCUAAAUAAAACCUUUUUUUGUUGUCUUUCA